AUGAGUCAUAUGGAAGACAAGGCGAGCAUGGAACUCCCACAGUCCGAGCAUCUGUGCUAUGUCCGGUGCAACUUCUGCAACACCGUUCUUGCUGUAGGGAUUCCAUGCAAGAGGAUGUUGGACACAGUGACGGUGAAAUGUGGGCAUUGCAGCAAUCUCUCGUUCCUGAGCACCAGGGCCCCCCUUCAAGGCCAGUGUCUUGAUCAUCCCUUGAGCCUUCAGCAGGGGUUUUCCAGUGAUUUUAGGAAAGGCCAAUCAUCGUCCUCCCCGUCCUCAACUUCGGGUGAUCAGCUAUCACCCAAAGCCGCCCCCUUUGUUGUGAAACCUCCGGAGAAGAAGCACAGGCUUCCAUCUGCUUAUAACCGGUUCAUGAAGGAAGAGAUACAGCGCAUCAAAGCGGCGAAUCCUGAGAUACCACACAGAGAAGCAUUCAGUGCAGCGGCAAAAAACUGGGCGAGGUACAUUCCACAUUCACCUUCGGGAUCAGCUUCUGGCAGCAGUAACCGUGUAAGCUAUCGUCCCUUCCUAGAUCUGCUUGAUUCUGCCCUUUUUUCCCCCUGCACCUCUCUCACGUCUCUCCGAAGUCUCACACGUGUCCAAGGCUUGAACGCAAGUGUUGUCAAGUGCAAGUGUUCGAUUACAAUCAGCAAUGGAUUUCGCAAUCCUUCCAAUCGAGCAAUAAGCAGGGGCGCGGUACAGGUAGCAUUGAGCAAGGAAUCCCUAAGGAGCCCCAUAUUUCCCAUCGACGAUCUUGGUGAAGUGUCUUAUGGCUUCGGAGUAGAGGCCAGCAUCGAGAGCGGCAAGAGCAGCUGCACGACGGCGAAGGAGGAAUCUCACGUGGCUCAAGAGUUGGUUGAUGGAGUCUAA